AAAGUUCCUAAACUUAAGCGUCUAUCGAAAAAUAAAAAACAAGUUGUCACCUAUGCUAAAGAAAUUGGGAGGAAUAAAGCCGUGGCAACCUUUAAGCUUGAUCCUAGCAUGGUUGGUCAUUGGAUUAAA